UUCACUGUGAAUCUCGGUUGACAGUGACGGACGUUAAAAUCCAUUGUCUUGAUGGUCGGGUGCUUUCCGAGUUGGGCAUCGGCCGAUGCAGAUGACGUGCCACUGCCGCCUUAUCCAGGGUCCAUGGAAUCCGCCGACAAGGCUCCCGCUCCAAGCCCCACGACGCAAGGCCAGCAGCACCGCCGCCCGCACCCACCUGCGCGCAGCAAGUCCACCGACCACCGCCCACAACUGUAGUAGUAGUAGUAGUAGUCACAGUAGCAGUCCGCCAUGGCGCAUCUGCUACGAGGGAAGCAGACGGGCAUUCAGAACGACCUCUCCGCAGGCAUUACCCAAGACCUGUUCCUGCUCGACCAUAUCAACCGUUACGGCAUCAACUCUCAGAUUUCCCAGAUCGCAUACGAUCCAGUUCAGUCCUUAAUCGCGGUUGGAACGAACAAUACACAAUUCGGCCAUGGCCAGAUCCACGUCUUCGGCGAAGGUCGCAUCAGCGUCGUCUUCAAGCUUCCAGCCAAGGACAGCCCGUCCGUAAAGACACUGCAAUUUUGCGCCAAUAAGCUUGUCUGCCUUGAUUCCAAAAAUGACCUUUCCAUAUUCUCUUUGGAGACCAAGACACUGCUGGCGUCACACUCGCCGCCGGGUACUGUAACUGCGCUGCACACAGACCCCACACUGGAUUACGCAUUGCUGGGAAUGCAGAACGGCGAUGUCUUGGCAUACGACAUGGACCGCGAGGCACUUGCUCCUUUUAGACUGCCCUACUUCUGGAAAGACUUCGACUCUCGAGCUCGCUACUCACCAGUCGUAACGCUGUCUCUGCACCCCCGAGACAUCGGGAAACUUUUGAUUGGUUACAAUGAGGGUGCCGUCACAUACUCAUUUAAGCAGAACCAAGCGCAGAAGUUCUUCCGCUAUGAGGUACCACCUGGUGCCCCUGGUGGAGACUCUGAUGCGUCGUCGAUCAACAUUGCGCGGAGACCUAGACUGACACACGCUGUCUGGCAUCCAACUGGCACUUUUAUCUUAACCGGCCAUGAAGACAACAGUCUUGUUGUAUGGGAUCCCAAGGACGGCCGAAUCGUCAUGGCUCGGACGCUUCAUGACGCGAACAUCAAUAAACCCGGAGCCGGCAGCAAGACUCUUGACGAAGCCUCGGACACAGCUCCUCUCAAGGAACCCAUUUUCCGGAUAGCCUGGUGUGCCAAUGGAUCGGACCCUGAUGACACGGCGCUACUUGUCGCUGGCGGCGGUUCCACCGCUAUGCCAACAAAGGGUCUUACGUUAUUCGAGUUAGGACGGACUCCAAUCUACAACACCUCAUCCUGGCAAGUGCUGUCCGACCAUUUCGAGAACCCCAAACGCCAGAGAAUUCUGCCAACACCUCCCAAUGCUGAAGUCGUUGAUUUUUGUUUGAUACCCCGGACGUCGCCCCAUUAUGCUGGCGCACACGAUCCUAUUGCCAUACUUGCUCUGUUGUCUUCCGGAGAAAUUGUCACUCUGAGCUUCCCUAGCGGACUGCCCAUAUCCCCAACCAACCAACUUCAUGUUUCCAUGACUUUUGUUCACCCCUUCGUCAACCGCGUUAGCCUUGCGUCUGUUGACAGAACCAGAUGGCUCGGAAUGGUUGAAAAACGCUCCCGCGGCCCAGCAAUACUGAAGGGCGGUGCUGCGGGCAAACUACCAUUGAAGCAUUUCGAGCAUCGUAACAUCAUCCAAACGGCUCAUGCAGACGGUAGCAUCAGACUAUGGGAUGCAGGCCACGGAGAUGAAAUUGAAAACGAAUCUGUUCUCCAAGUCGACUGCGCUCGAGCUGUGGGUAGGAUUGAAGGAGUCGAGGUUGCCCACCUGUCACUGUCUGGUGCCACUGGCGAGCUUGCUGCUGGCUUCAGAAGUGGCGAGGUUGCCGUUUUCCGUUGGGGCACCAAUCCCAAAGUUGGAAGCGAGCCUCCACCAGCGGAAGGUAACAAACCGCAUGUUUUGACUGACAUAACUCCUCGAAGGGACCCUGCGCUGGCGGAAGGCCUCAUGCCAUUCACCCUUCUAGACGAGCAGAAUGGCGCAGUCUCAGCAUUGAAGCUCUCGGAUGUUGGGUUUGUUGCUGCUGGCUUCGAAGGUGGCAGCCUCGCAAUCAUCGACCUAAGGGGCCCUGCUAUUAUCUACCAGGCAAAUGUGCAAGACUUCAUCAAACAAGACAAACGCGGUAGCUUCCGGAGAAGCAGCAACGCAAGUGGUCCCAAGCUUGAGUACCCCACCUGCAUGGAGUAUAGCGUCAUGACGCUUGAGGACGAAGAUUAUUCCAGCAUCCUCCUCCAUGUGGGUACUAACCUGGGACAUCUUGCUACCUUCAAGCUCCUCCCAGACCCCAGUGGCCGCUACACGGUGCAAUUCGUUGGCUCCGUUCACCUUGACGAUCGCAUUAUAAGCAUUUCACCUAUAAAGGUCGAGACUUGCGCUCCCGCUUAUGCCACGCAACGCGCGGUUGCCGGUUUGCGUGAGGGCGUCAAGACUAACGGAGUUCUCGUUGUCGUCACCUUCACUGGAGCUCGCAUUUUCAAGCCAGCCACCCACAAGGGUGCCAGCAAGUCGUGGGACGAAUUCCUCUGCGACCGCGCAAUGGUAGCCAGGUUUGAAGACUCGGGGUACGCACUGCUUGGAUUAUUCGGUGACGGCUAUGUCCGCGCCUACAGCAUUCCUGCGCUCAAGGAAAUUGGCUCCACGAAAAUCGACCACGUCUUUGAUACCCGUCGCUUCGGCGAAUCCAACAUCACUUCAACUGGCUUGUUGCUGGGCUGGAAUGGUCCUGCAGAAAUGGCGAUGGUCAAUAUAUGGGGUACAGGACAAGAUAUGGUAUCUCGCGGCAGCCUCGACAUGCUGUACAACCCCAACAUGUUGAUCCCGCCGCGACCCACCAUCUCAAAUCUGCAGUGGAUCUCAGGCACUCAGCACAUAACGCCUUCUGAUCUGGACCUACUGAUCGGUGGUCCUGAUCGCCCGCCCUCGAAGCGCAUGCUCGACCAGCAGCGCUCCGAGGAACGCCAGCGCUACGACGCCGAGCGCGCAGCCAAAAACCCGGCAGGCCAGGGUCAAGCUGGCAGCUCCUCAGGCGAGCAGGACGAGGGCUAUUGGGCGUACCUGCAGCGGCAGAUGAACGAGCGCACGGAGCGACUGGGCAUCAUGGACGACAAUAUGGAGAGGCUGGAGAACAACAGCGCGGGAUGGGCGAACGACGUGCAGAAGUUUGUGCAGAAGCAGAAGCGGGGCUUUGUCAUGGGGGCCGUGAAGUCGAAGUUUGGUAUCUAGGUUGUGAGAGGCGAGGGCUUGCUUGUAGAGAGGACGCGGGCGUCCGAAUAAGGCUGUCCGGCUGCUUGCUUGCUUGCUUGCCUGCUUGCUUUCUUUUUAGGGACGGAUGGGUGGGUGAAUCAUCUUGGGUGCGUUUGGCGGGUGGGAUAUGAUACAUUAUGGAUGGUUUCUUUCUCUG